GCGUGCUACAACACCGGCCGCUUUCCACCGGUGACGUCACGCACGCCAUAUUGAAUUUUUUUUUCCGCUUUCCUUCUCAACAGCAGCCAUUAGCACGUCGCUUCGUGGUGGAGUUAGACGCUUGGAAACAUGGAAAUUGACACCCUUCUUGAGGCUCUGAAAGAUUUUGAGAAGAAAGGGAAAAAGGAGGUGUCUCCGGUGUUGGACCAGUUUCUGUGCCAUGUCGCCAAGACCGGAGAGACCAUGGUCUCGUGGUCGCAGUUUAAAAGCUACUUUCUGUUCAAACUGGAGAAGGUGAUGGAGGACUUUCGAGCUUCAGCGCCAGAGCAGAGAGGACCUGCCAACCCUAACGUGGAGUCCGUCCCAUUUGAGGAGAUGAAAGAGAGAAUACUGAAGAUCGUUAACGGAUACAACGGGAUUCCAUUCACUAUCCAGCGCUUGUGCGAGCUCCUCACAGAUCCCAAGAGGAACUACACAGGAACAGAGAAAUUUCUCAGAGGGGUUGAGAAGAAUGUGAUGGUGGUCAGUUGUGUGUAUCCUACCUCUGAGAAAAAUGGAUGUAGUGGCGUUAACAGAAUGAAUGGAGUCAUGUUGCCAGGUAGCACAUCCAUAUUCACAGAAAGGAAAGUGAAUGGUCCUGGAACACCCCGGCCGAUGAACAGACUGAAAAUUUCCCCUUCUAGUUCACUGGCCACAAAUGGACUGCUGGACAGCACAGAAAACAAAGACUCAAACACACCAGGCCACAGCAAACCUGUUGGCGAUGUGCCUGCGUCAGGCCUUGGGUCUCCUUUGAAUAGCUGCAUAAAGAACAAGCAUGCAGAAGAGGAAGAAAACCCAGAGGAAGAACAGCAGGAGGUGAAGAGACUCAAGUUCAGUGAGGAAGGAGGUGAGGAUGAGGAGGAGGAAGACACUGAAGGCGAAUCGGAUGACAAGACCGUUCAAUCUGAGGGGGUGUCUGAUGUGUCGGGAAAUGCAGAGUCGCCAACAUCCAUGACAGAGGAGAAACAUGAAGGGCACGAGGAAGAGCAGGAGGAUGCCAGUUCAGCGACAGCUUGUGAGGACCAAGAGCCAUCCAGUACGCAAUCCGACUGUGCAGAGAGGGAAGUUCCUUCCGGCUCCGCCCAGGAACCCAGUGACAUGGACCAGUCAGAGCAGACAGCUCCCGCUUCCAGCCCUGAGAGGCAGGAGGUGGAGGAGGAGUCUAGUGAGCCGGACAGUAGCAGCAGCAGCAGUAAUGAGCUUGCCGCCGGCCCUUCCGCCUCUUCUGACUCCACCCCCAGUGGUGCAGACUCACCCACAGAGGGCAGCGUGGAGUUGGGGGAGCUAGACUUAGAAAACACAGAAGAGCCUAUGGAGCAGGACUAAGGAGCCUCCCAAACACAGACUUUGUAGCAUAAACAACAACAACAACCAGCGUGUGGAGAUUUGAGAACACACUAACAGUAACCGGACGGGCUCUUUAACUGGGGCCACCAACAGCCUUCUGGUCCAGCGUCACCUACUUUUUCCAGCUUUCUUACCUGUUAUGGGUGGACACACUAUGCUGGUGUACAUAUGUGAUGUUUUUUUUUUUUUGUUUCUUUCCUUUUUAGUUUUGUAUUGCAGGUUUUAAACUGGAAGGUUAUUUUCAUUCUUUCAAUUACACCCCUUACCUUAGUACCACUGAAUGCAGUUGGUCUUCAAAGGCAUUUCUCCUUCUGUUUUAGUACAGCAGAAGGAUGAUGGUCCCUCACUUUGGUUGACAUCUGCUGUACAGACUGUAGAUGUGUGAGGGUCCUGGAGUGUUUCGUUUCCCUCAGUUUUUUGUAGUUCAGUUACAGACCUUAUCUCAAGAACAGUAGAAUUUUUCCUUGCUUAUGCAGUUUCUCCAAAGACCCAUCACAUAUUAGAGUUAGAAGCAAGGGCCAUAAAUAUUGGUUCAUAUUCAGGGUUUUUUUUUUUUUUCUUCGUUUUUUUCUCCCACACAGUUUGGGUUGUCAGUUAAGGGUUGUGUUACAUGUCUGCAUAUGGACCCAUGUAGAAAAGAUAUGUAUUGUUUCAUCUAGUAUACACCCCCCUCCCCCUCCCCCCAACGUUAUCUUUCCUUUCCCUUUUUAAACUCUUGCUGUUACACCCUACACUGUAAUGAAGGAAAGAGUUUCAUGUAAAAGGUACAUACACUUAAGGGAAAAGAUUUCAAAUGAAUGACCAUGUUUGGUUCACGAUAAUAAUUUAUAUGAACAUUUCAAUGAAUCACUCUAUUUUUGAGAAAUUUACAACUUUUUUUUGUUUUGGAAGCCAGUCUGAGCACUAGUCAGAUGUGCUAAAACUGUGUGUUUGUGAAAGUGAGAGUGAGUGUGAGAGGCGCUCAUGUCUAUACCACGCUGUCUCACCAGUUACAACUGACUGCCUCUACUGCACCUGUACUGUUUUGAUAUUUAGAAUUUUUAAAUUUCUGUAGUUUUGUAGAGCAUUGUGUUCACUGCUGUUUGUGGAUCCAUAUUAUUGUAAGAUCUUUCUGUGUAUACUGAAUGCGUGUGCUUUCAAUGCAGUAUUCAGGUGAAGCAAUAAAUGUUCUGAUUUUAAA